AUGAGUUUAAUUCACCUUGAUACAGCAAAGUAUCCUUUUAAAUUUGAGCCCUUUCUCAGGCAAGAGUACUCGUUUUCACUCGAUCCCGAUAGACCUAUAUGUGAAUUUUACAACUCGAGAGAAGGCCCCAAAUCGUGUCCCAGAGGGCCCCUAUGUCCCAAAAAGCACGUAUUACCCAUUUUCCAAAAUAAAAUCGUUUGCAGGCAUUGGCUUCGUGGAUUAUGCAAGAAGAAUGACCAAUGUGAAUACUUACAUGAAUACAAUCUUCGGAAAAUGCCUGAAUGUGUGUUUUUCAGCAAAAACGGGUACUGCACGCAAAGUCCAGACUGCCAAUAUCUACAUAUAGAUCCAGCCAGCAAGAUACCCAAAUGUGAGAAUUACGAAAUGGGAUUCUGCCCUCUAGGGAAUACUUGCCCCAGGCGACAUAUUAAGAAGGUGUUUUGCCAACGAUAUAUGACCGGGUUUUGUCCUCUGGGUAAAGACGAAUGUGACAUGGAGCAUCCACAGUUUAUAAUACCGGAUGAAGGUAGUAAAUUAAGAAUAAAAAAAGAUGAUGAGAUAAAUACCAGAAAAAUGGAUGAAGAAAAGGAGAGGCGUUUAAAUGCUAUCAUCAACGGGGAAGUUUAA